UCGGAUGCCUGAACGUAUAUAAACAAAAGGCGAGUGCGCGGCCUAUGAGCUUCCAGGAAGGAAUUAAUCACGUAAAUGAAAGUAACCCGCGUCCUUUCCUUAAUCCUGCUCUAUCCUUUUUUAUCUGGGGAUUCAGAGCAGUAGCAGCAUGGACAUGGACGACUGAGACACCACCAUGUUGCCGCUGCAGAGACACCAUCAGACAUCUCUUAUCCUUCAUCUUCUUCUUUCUUCUGUUUUUUAACACGAGCCAGUCAUUAGGGCACAGUGGCAACAUGUUCAUCGUUCUGUCUUUGUGUUUGGGUUUGGUGUUCUCCACCGGACUCCCGAGCGCCGCCUGUCCUGUACGGUGUAGCUGCUUUUACCACAAACUCAGCGACGGAUCCAAGGCCCGGAGUGUGCUGUGCAGUGAUCCUGAGCUCGGCUCCAUCCCCACCGACUUCCCCUCAGAUGUCACAAAGCUUCGUAUCGAAAAGACUGACAUUACCCACAUCUCCAGUGAGGCCUUUAUCUCCCUCAGGAAUCUUGAGUUCCUCUGGAUGUCCUUCAACUCUCUCUCCGUUGUCCAUGUGGACAGUUUUCGUGGCCUGAGCAUGCUCACUGAGCUCCGUCUGGAGGGUAAUUUCAUCACCUCCUUCCCGUGGGAGAGUUUAACUGACAUGCCAGACCUCAGGCUCCUGGAUUUGCACAACAACAGGAUCGACGGCAUCCCAUCCGAGGCAGCCGUCUAUAUCAGAAACCUCACUUACCUCGAUUUGUCCAGUAACAGUCUCACUACUGUGCCAUCCGAAGUGCUGCUGAUGUGGUUCUCGGGAAAACCUCAGGAGCCUGAGAAUUCCAAGAUAAUUUUGGGCCUUCAUGAUAACCCGUGGCAAUGUGACUGUCGUCUGUUUGACCUGGUUCAGUUCCAGAAGUCUCCGUCCUCCACAUCUGCCUUCACUGACAGUCACCUGCGCUGUUCGGAGCCGGAGAGCUUGUCCGGUGUGCUCUUUGUGGAUGUGGAGAUACAGAGGUGUCAGCUACCACGAGUCCACACAGCCGUGGCUAAAGUUCGUAGCUCGGUAGGCAACAAGGUCCUGCUCCGCUGUGGCACAGUCGGAGUCCCGAUGCCUCAACUCACCUGGUCCCGUGCUGACGGAAAGGCCAUCAAUGGAACCGUUCAUGAGGAACUUUCAGCUGAAGGCAUCACCUGGUCCAUCCUCAGCAUCCUCGACGCGUCCUCUCAUGACUCCGGCAAAUACGUCUGCAGAGCCUCUAAUUUCGUGGGCGGUGCCAAUGCCAUGAUCUCACUCAUUGUUUCAGAAACACGGCAGGUCAGUGAGGCUGCUGUAAAGAAAUCUGGCACCAAGAAGAAUGGAGGCUUUGGACGGGCUGCUUAUCAGGAGAAGCUCAUCGCAAGAUACAUUCCUCCGACCUCCAUCGUUGAGACUUUUAAUGCAUCAAAAUCCGUAGUGUCAUCUAAGAUCGAGAGCUACAGCACCUCUGAUGGAGUGUCGGAUGGAAAAACAUCAGCGGACGGUUUAGAAAUGGACGUGGGUAACGUGUUGAGCAAUUUGGCGGCCAACGCUUCCUCCCUCCAGCAAGGUCCAGAGAGAAGAGUGGUACGCUCCGUCAAAGUCAUCGGAGACACCGACCACACCGUGUUGAUUAACUGGCGAGCUCCGUCUGCGACCAACACUACGUGGUUUAGUGUUCUUUAUGCUAUAUUCGGUGAAAGAGACAUGAGACGCAUCAAUGUGGGACCUGGGAAGCAUCGGGUCACCAUCGAAGGCCUCGUUCCAAAAACCAAGUAUAUCGCCUGUGUGUGUGUGAAAGGUCUAAUCCCAAAGAAGGAGCAGUGUGUGAUCUUCUCAACCGAUGAGGCAGCAAGUGCUAGCGGCACUCAAAAGCUCAUCAACGUGGUGGUGAUCACGGUGGCGUGUGUCAUCGCAGUGCCUCUCACACUGAUCGUUUGCUGCGGUGCUCUGAAGAGACGACUCCAGAAGCUCAUGGGAAGAAGAUCGAAAGACGUCCAGGACUCCUACGUGACCUUCGAGACGCUCACACCAGGUGGCAAGGCUAAAGGAGUGGAAGCAGAGUACCUCAACCGCCUCAGCCAGGACGAAUCCAACCGGCUGCUCUCAGCUCGCUCCAGCGUCGACUCGGAGGCCGUCAACAGAACCGAAGGACAUCCUAAUGAGUAUUACUGCUAAAGUCUCAUCGGGAUCAAACACGGACGUCAUUUAUCCAUUCGUUCUUUUCCUGAUCUGCAGUAUCUGUUUAAAUUCCGGUCAGUAGAUCUGGAGACUAUCCCUGGAAUGCUUGGAAUACAAACUUGGGUUGCCAGAGAUUUUAUUAAGUCACUGAAAACGGAAAUGUUCUUGUAUGUGUAAAGGAAUCUCAUCACAGCCUUGCAAAGAUACAUCAUGUGGUCAUGUGGUCAUGUGAUCAUCAAGCAACACACUUAAUUGCUGUAAAUCCACGAGUCAGAAUGAUGUGUCUUUAUCGUCACUGCUUUUUAAUAAUACGUGUAAUUUAAACACUAAAAUACCAAACAAACAAUACCAAAAGUAUCUGCACCCCUGAGCACCCCCCCCCCCGUCCCCCGUCCCGUAUGAGCUUCUUCUUCAAACACACUGAA